UUCCCUGGCCAUACUUGCCAAUGCCAUUGCCAUUUCCAUUUCCACUUCACGCAGGCAGAGGAGUACGAGUCUGUCACGGCUCUCUUCUCCCUCCCUCUCCCUCUCCCUCUCCCUCUACCUGGUAUUACCAGUAAGUAUGGCGUACGCCUACCUUCAAUGCCAACUCCCCUCUCCUCUCAGUUUCCUUCUCUCUGCUCUCUUUCUUCUCCUUCUCCCCUUCUCCUCCUCCGCUGAUGCUGGAUUCUCUGAAGGCAUAAACUGUUUACAUCCAGAAAUACUAAAGGAUGAAGCAGUAGCUCGACUUGUCGAGCUUGGAAAGGUGAGUGAUGCAGAAGGGUAUCUUGAAAGGGUUUUCCAGUCCCCGGCUUCUGUCAGAGCUGGAAAUCUUAUUCGUACGUGGAUGGAGGAUGCAGGUUUAAAGACGUGGGUGGACAGAAUGGGAAAUGUACAUGGCCGAUCUGAAGGGCUGAAUCCAAGUGAGAAAGCUCUGUUAAUAGGCUCUCAUUUGGAUACUGUUGUCGAUGCUGGAAUUUUUGAUGGUGCACUGGGAAUAAUCACUGCAUUGUCUGCAUUAAAGGUGUUGAAUAUCAACGGAAUGCUGGAAAAACUUAAACGGCCGGUAGAGGUUAUUGCAUUCAGUGAUGAGGAAGGUGUUAGAUUCCAAUCUACCUUCCUUGGAAGUGCAGCAGUUGCUGGUGUAUUGCCUGUUUCAGUGUUGCAUGUGCACGAUAAGAGUGGUGUCACAGUGCAAGGUGCAUUGAGAAAGAACUCGAUUGAAAUUUCAGAGGAGAAUCUUUUGGAGGUUAAAUAUGACCCUGAAACUGUCUGGGGUUAUAUUGAGGUUCACAUGGAACAAGGGCCAGUGCUUGAGACUUUAGGGCUUCCUCUUGGUGUGGUAAAAGGCAUAGCAGGACAGACCCGUUUGAAGGUCACAGUUAAAGGCCAGCAAGGGCAUGCUGGCACAGUUCCAAUGAAAAUGCGCAGGGAUCCCAUGGCUGCAGCUGCAGAAUUGAUGGUAGUAUUGGAGAAUCUUUGCAAGCAACCAGAAGAUUAUUUGGCCUAUGAUGGCCAGUGUUUAGAGUCCACCGUACAGUCUCUUUCAGGAUCUCUUGUUUGCACUGUGGGAGAAAUAUGGACUUGGCCAAGUGCAAGUAAUGUUAUUCCAGGACAGGUAUCAUUCACAGUGGACAUACGAGCAAUGGAUGAUUUAGGGCGAGAAGCUAUUAUCUAUGAACUGUCAAGGAAGAUACACCAAGUAUGUGGGGAGCGGUCAGUUGUGUGCCUUGUGGAGCGCAAGCAUGAUGCAAAAGCAGCGGCGUGUGACCCUGAAUUGAGUUUGAAGCUAAAGUCGGCGGCGGCAGCAGCUGGAGGCAGAUGGGGGGUCAUUGAUGAUAAUGGGAAGGAGGAGAGCAGGGCUGUUGAUGAAGUGGCAGCGGCAGUGCCAGUGCCAGUGCUGAUGAGCGGAGCAGGGCAUGAUGCAAUGGCCAUGUCUAAACUAACAAAGGUGAGAGAUGUUUAUGAUAGUGGAGACCAUCUGGUCUUAGUUACAACAGACAGGCAAAGUGCUUCUGAGAGAGUUCUUGCUUCAAUUCCCUUCAAGAGACAGGUACUCAAUGAGACAACUAAACUCAGCAUAUAAUAUCAAAUGCAGUUGGGUCCAACCCAGAUAAAGAUGUAACUAUUGCAAAGAAAUGUUCCCGCGAUCGAGUAUAUCCAAUGGAGUUUGUGGUUGGAGGUUGUGUGACUCGAAGUACCAAUACACGUUUGUGGACUAUCGACCAAAAAGGCAUUAGAAAUUAUUGUGGCAAGGCAAUGCUCUUCGUGACAGUACGGUGAUAUGGAACAACCGCCAAGCACCGGAAACAAUGGCCCGGUACCGCUGCGUGUUUAUACAGGAUGCGGAAAAGGGCAUUUUGGUCUAACCGCCGCAUUACCAUAAUUACUAUAUAUUUGCAUUGCAAAUUAAUCCUUAUCUUAUUUUAUAAUUAUAUUUAUAAGUUGAUAUAAAUAAAUGGAAUUGGGGUUAGAGAAGUUUAUUCAGAAAAAAAGAAGUGUAAGCGGUUAGGGCUAGGAAGAAGAUAUCAAUCUUCUUUUGAGUAAUAAAAUUGGUUCUUAAUUCUAUU